AUGGCGUCUGCCCCUUUUGUUGAACUUGCCGCGCCUAAUGGCAUCAAAUAUGCUCAGCCGACAGGUCUUUUCAUCGAUAACGAGUUUAUUCUAUCGGUUAAUGGUGAAAGCAUAGACUCUAUCGAUCCCGCCACCGAGGAGAAGAUCGUUGCAGUACAGGCUGCUGGUGAAGCAGACGUAGACAUAGCCGUCAAGGCCGCACAUAAGGCGCUUAAGGAUCCUUCUUGGAAGCUACUUCCUGCAUCUGAUCGUGGAGCGCUUCUGUAUAAACUGGCAGAUCUUAUACAAGAAAAUCGGGAGGUAUUCGCGACCAUCGACGCAUGGGACAAUGGUAAAACUUACGCCGAUGCCUUGGAAACUGAUUUGACGGAGGCCGUAACGGUGAUCCGCUAUUAUGCGGGCUGGGCCGACAAGACAUUUGGCCAAACCAUCAACACUAACCACCAGAAGUUUGCUUACACCAUUCGCCAACCCAUAGGCGUUGUCGGACAGAUCAUCCCAUGGAACUACCCCCUUUCGAUGGCAACUUGGAAAUUGGGACCUGCUAUAGCAUGCGGAAACACGGUCGUCCUCAAAGCAGCGGAGCAGACGCCCCUAAGUAUCCUGUUUCUUGGAACUUUGAUCAAGAAAGCGGGAUUCCCUCCCGGAGUGGUAAAUUUCAUCAAUGGAAUAGGAGCCGUGGCGGGAUCGGCCCUAGUCAGCCAUGCUCUCGUUGAUAAGGUCGCCUUCACGGGAAGCACGGCAACGGCGAGGGCCAUCAUGGGAACAGCUGCUAAGACACUGAAGAAUAUCAGUCUCGAGACCGGAGGCAAGUCCCCGUUGAUAGUCUUCGAGGACGCCGAUAUUGAGCAAGCCGUUAAGUGGUCUCACCUUGGAAUCAUGUCAAAUCAGGGCCAAAUCUGCACCGCGACCUCGAGGAUCUUGGUCCACGAGCAAGUCUAUGAUGAGUUCUUAGCCCAGUUCUUGGAAAGGACCAAGACCACGAGUAAAGUCGGGCACCAGUGGGAUAAGGAUACCUACCAAGGUCCUCAGGUAUCGAAAGCUCAGUACGAGAGGGUUUUGGAGUACGUAAAGAUCGGAAAGGGCGAGGGCGCGACCUUGUCAUCAGGCGGUGAACCCAUCAAGGUCGACGACAAGGACAAGGGAUUCUACGUCAGUCCUACCAUCUUCACAGACGUCUUGCCAACGAUGCGGAUAUGGCAAGAGGAGAUCUUCGGCCCCGUCGUGGUCAUCGCGAAAUUCACAGAAGAGCAGCAAGCCGUGGAUCUUGCUAACAGUACCACCUACGGACUCGGCGCUGCCUUAUUCACGGAAAAGGUCGAGAAGGCGCACAGAGUGGCUGCUGAGAUCGAGGCGGGUAUGGUGUGGGUGAACAGUUCCCAAGACUGCGAUCCGCGCGUACCUUUCGGUGGUGUAAAGCAAAGUGGAAUUGGGAGAGAGCUUGGAGAAGCUGGUUUGGAGGCGUAUUCGCAGAUUAAAGCUGUGCACGUCAAUCUUGGGAACAGGCUAUAG